CUGUCACAAAAGUAAAGCUUCUUCCUAGGGCUUUCUGGCACGCAACUCGCUCCAAUGGGGAAGGGAACAGGAAGUUUCGGUAAGAGGAGGAACAAGAGUCACACUCUCUGUGUGAGAUGUGGUCGCCGUAGCUUCCACAUCCAGAAGAGUCGCUGCUCCGCAUGCGCCUACCCUGCCGCUCGCAAGAGGACCUAUAACUGGAGUGUGAAGGCCAUCAGAAGAAAGACUACCGGUACCGGGAGGAUGCGAUAUCUCCGAAAUGUUCCCCGCCGGUUCAAGACUGGAUUCAGAGAAGGUACUGAAGCCAAGCCAAGGAACAAGACAGCUGCUUCAUCAGCCUAGAAAAAAAGCCAUUUCGACUAAUCGCAGGAGUAAAAAAGCUUAGCUGUUCGCUUUAUCUAGUUCGAGAUUACAUCUGAUACAUCAUCUUCUUGUGGUUUUUGUUUCAAUUACGUUAUUCGAUUAUAAAGUUUUGAACUUGCUUGAAAUAUCAUCUUACUUUUGCAAUUUCGUA